GCAGCGACGCAAGCGGCCGCGGGGAAGUUGGCUCCGGCUCGGAGCUCACGGCGAGUUCCCGCGCAGGGCGCAGCCGGACAAGAACCCACGGCCUCGGCGGCGCUGGAGGAUGUGGCCGCGGCCCGGGACGGCAGCAGCGGGCCGCCUGACGCCCUGCAGGUCAGAAGUUGAGUAGCUGGGGCCCCGGAGGGCUUGAAGCCUUUUCACAGUGAUGGCGGAGAAGCGUCCACGGGGCACCCUGGGGCCUAUGAUGUACAGCAAGCUGCCCCGUCUAGAGGUCGACUCAGGACCCAGGCACAGCUUGGGCCCCUCUGCUGCUAACCAGGACCCCUGCAAUUACAAGGGUGCCUACUUCUCCUGCUCCAUGGGGGGUGUUCCCCAAACAGGGUCUGGACAGUUGGCCUCCUGGACCCCGUACCCAACCUUGUAUCCUACCAGCGUAGCAGGACCCCCACUUCGGGAAGACAACCUGUUGACCAGUUGCCUGCUCUAUCGCCCACCAGCAGGAAGCUCUGAGAAGGUGCAAGACUCUGGCCCUGUUGAGCUCCUGCCCUUUAGUCCCCAGACUCAUUCCUACUCAGGCCCACCACUGGCGGCACCCAAACCUGUCUAUCGCAGCCCUCUGUGUUAUGGACUCUCAACUUGCCUGGGGGAAGGAGCAGCAAAGAGGUCACUGGAUGUUGAUUGGACACUGGUGACUGGGGCCCUAUUACCCCCAGCCAACCCCCAUUGUUCUCUGACUCUGGCUCCUGGCAAGGGCCAGUCCCUGGAUGGUACCUUCUUACAUGGGGUGCCAGUUGGGGGAUCUGGCAAAGACUCCUCAGGGAGUUUUUCCCCUCGCCAGGCAUUCCUGGACAAGUAUCAGACCAGUCACAGCACAGGCUUCCUAGCCUCCAAGUAUGCAGGUUCUUACUCUGGAGACCCCAAGCAGGGAUUGUCCGAGGGACUCCCCAAUCCUUGGACCCAGUUGGCUCAACCCCUCGGCCCAGCCUAUCAGGAUACAGUGCCCUCCCCCUACCCACUGCCCCAUCCUCCACAGGCUCUGUCUUGCCCUCCAGCCUGUCACUAUCCAGAGAAGCAGAGCAGCUACAGCUCAGUGCCCCCACCGCAACCUCUGGGAGCGCACAAGGGAGUUGGGUACCUAACUGGUGGGCUGAAUAGCCCCUACCUGAGGCAGCAGACAGCCCAGACACCCUGUAUGCCCCCAGUGGGGCCGGACAUUUAUUCCUACCCCUCUGUCCCCCUCCCAGUUCCCUCACCAGGCCUCAAGCUGGAGCCACCUCUCACUCCACGGUGCCCACUAGACUUUGCCUCCCAGACACCGGGCUUUCCUUAUGCACGGGAUGACCACUCUUUCUAUGGAGCAUCCCCGGGGCUCAGAGGGACAUUGCCUUCCCAGAACAGUGUUCAGGCUAUGCCACAGCCCAGUGCCUUCCAGCGAACAUGCCAGCCUUUGCCUGCCAGUCAGCCGUGCCCAGAGCCUGUGAGGCCUGUAGAGAAGCCAGUGCAGGAAGCUGAGGAGACCAUAUGGCUGCCCAGCUGCAGGAAAGAACAGCUCAAUGAGCACCCUGGGGCACCCAUUGUUAUCGGAGAUAGUCCAGAUCCCCGCACCCCACCAGCACUCCCCGCCUGUGGCCAAGAGCACCCAUCUCUUCCACAGAACCAGGACACACUGCCCCCUGGCUCUCCACCCAUGCCCAUUAUUGACAAUGUCUUCAGCCUGGCCCCCUACCGUGACUAUCUGGAUGUGCAGACACCUGAGGCGACACCUGAGCCUGACCCAGCCCCCAAGGACAGCCAUGACAAAGACUCCAGGGGAACCUUGUCUACCCAGGAGGCCCCUUUGGGGGUGCAUUGCCCACUUAGGGAAGAAGUAGCACUGGACUUGAGUGUGAAGAAGCCCAUGACAGAGCCUCUUCCUAUCAAGGUCCCUAGUCCUAGGGUGCACUCCAAGCUCCCUGUAGCUGUGGGUGUGUCAGGUGUGGGGAACACAGUCUCCAAGCCCCCUGGGGUGUCAACGACCACAGAGACCACCCCAAAAACCAACUUCCACAGUUCCGUGGCCUUCAUGUUCCGAAAAUUCAAGAUCCUCCGGCCGGCACCCUUGUCUGCAACCAUGGUCCCAUCUGUGCCCACCUCGGUCCCUGCCUCUGACCAGCCUGCACCCACCUCUACAUCUGUGCCCACUGGACUACAGAUUCUCAAACAGCCCUUGCCCGUGGCCUGCUUUGACCUGGCACUGUCCAGUCUUCCAGGUAUAUCUGUGGUCGGCCCAGCACCUACUCUGUCUCCAUCACCUGCUCCAGCUCGGGCCCCGACUCCAGCUACUUCCCCUGUCACAGUGGAUUCCCCAGAGCAACACUUUGCAGGACUGCAUGAGUCUCUGUGUGAUGCCAUCUCAGGCUCAGUGGCUCACUCCCCACCCGAGAAGCUGCGUGAAUGGCUUGAGAUGGCUGGGCCUUGGGGCCGGGCAGCAUGGCAGGAUGGGCAGGCUGUGCAGGGGCUGUUGGGCAAGCUGCUCUCCCAGUUGCAGCGCUUUGUGUGCACGCAGCAGUGCCCCUUCCCCCACGUGGUGCGGGCCGGCGCCAUCUUCGUGCCCAUCCACCUGGUGAAGGAGCGGCUCUUCCCGGGGCUGCCGCCCGCCUCUGUGGACCACGUGCUACAGGAGCACCGCGUGGAGCUCCGGCCCACCACACUGUCGGAGGAGAGGGCGCUGCGGGAGCGAGCCCUGCGCGGCUGCACCUCACGCAUGCUGAAGUUGCUGGCACUGCGCCAGCUGCCUGAAAUAUACCCUGACCUGCUGGGUCUGCAGUGGCACAACUGUGUACGCCGCCAGUUGGGUGACUUUAAUACUGAGGCUGGAUUUGUGCCCUCCUCAGAAGCCAUCAUGGCCAGAGAUGAGCCAGAGAGCCUAUGCCUGGCUCAGAAAUCACCCAUCCCCAAGGCCAGGAAGCCGGGAAGGAAGCUACCGACUCCUGGCCGGGAGAAAGCAGAGGCAACUGCUGGGGGAGGGUCGUGCGCCUCACCUGCCCCCUAUGCCAGCACCAGCCCCACAGUGAGGGCUCACUGCCGAAGCCUGCUGGAAACUGCCUGGCUUACUGGCCUGGCCCUUCCCACUUGGGGCCACAAGGCCUCAGGAGCAGCCCUGCCCUCGCCCUGCCCACAGCUGUUGGGUGGCCAGAGCCAUCACCUGUAGCUCUGGUGGCUGGUGCUGUUUGGAUAGCUACUGUCUGGUAAUCACCAGGACUGGACAAGCCCUUGGAGCUUCUCUAGUUCUUACCCUGCCCUCCUCCCUAAGCUGGGCUGAGAGUCCCUGAGCUUUUGGCUUGAGGUCCUUUAUUAGAAAGGACAUGUGGGCUUGGGAGCUCCACCAGCUUGGGCUCGGAUCUGGCUCCUCUGUUUCUUGCUGUGUAACUGAGCAAGUCACUUCCUCUCAGGCGCCCUUAUUUACCCAUUUGUAAAACAGGACAGUGCAGCCUACCUCACAGGUGUGGGGGGAUGCCUGACACACCAGUUAUGGUUUGCUCUGCUCCCUCCACAGGACAGGGGCCCAGAUCCCAGCCAGUGCCUGGAGUUUGAGGCUGAGGCAAACAACCUUCCUCCAGAAAGUCUUACUGUCAUAGAACUUGGUUAUCUUGGAGUGAAACGGUGUACAUGACGCCCAGAGUUUCUAGAGUCAUCCCCCAGGAACACUUGGGGGUAGCCCCAGUGUUUGGGGUGUGGCCCUAAAACACAGCCUGUAACUCCCUGAGGGAGCCUGGGGCUGGCAUCUUUGUUCUGGGCCUGCUGCUCUUACCCCUGGGAGGUCCCAGGCCUGUCCUAAAUUGACAGCAGUGGCUUCCCUGAGCUACCAGCCUCUCCCAGUGUAUUAUCCCAAGGAAAUUGUGUGUUUGCUAGAAGCCAAGCAGCUGCAGGGACUAGAAAGGGCAGGCUGGGUGACAGACAGCUCAGUCCUGGAAGAUCUCUGAAGAUGUGGACCAACGACCUGGAGCCCCAUCAGCCAGGCCUACUGUGGGUUACUGCCUUGAGCCCAGAGGCUGGCACGCUGGACCCUUGGCCUAGUUAGGGUUUGUAAUAAGGCUGUGGUCCCUGGAGGCAGGCCGUAAACAUUAAAGCAUUUGGGUUGUUUUGGAUCUGG